AUGUCCUCUGAAAUUCCAGAUAUCCCUGAAUUGAAGCGCGUCGUGGAAAGCGGCCAGCGCAUUGACCCAGGGGAUGUCUCUGCUCUGGCCCAGACCGAGAGCGAAUUGAGCGGUGGUGGGCCCAUUAGAGGUGGAACAGCAGCAACAGCACAAAGCCUGGCCAUGAAGCAGAUGAAUUCCGACGCGAAAUUGGAGGCUUUAUCGCGAAAGCCACAGAGCCACAUAACACAGGAUGAUGCUCGGGAGCUUCACGCGGCUGAGGGCCGCGCCUUCAACAAGCCACCCGGUCCCGGGUCCGUCUCCGCGCAAGUCCAAUCUAUAGCCGAUCGCAAUGAGGCCCUUGGAGUCCCUGCUGUACCGGGAGAGGCUCCUGUGUACAUUACGAAGGAUGAUGCGAGGGAGGCUCAACAUGCUGAAUCGACGAUCUAUGGCGGACAAAACCCACGGGGUGGGAUUGCGGCACAGAUGCAGAGUGCUGCUGAUAAAAUUGAACAUGCUUAUCAGGACUGA